GUCCGUUUGAUCCCAAUAAUCGAUGUUUUCAACUGUUGGAUGUCGCUACAUGCGCUCCUCCCGCUUUGAUCACUCAAUGUGGUGUUGCGGCACCUAAGUGAUAUCGAAGAAGAUGUGUGGCCGUUAUGCUCUGUCCCUCACGCCUGCGCAAGUCAGACAGCGCUUUGCCGAUCAGCACUUAGCAGUUGAUGAGGCUCCAGACGAGGAAGAUGAUCGCACCAGACAGACAUACAACUUUGCUCCCGGCUACCAUGGAUUGAUAUAUCGUGCUGCAACCUCAAGUGAUGCUCAUGCCAAUGAAUCUACUCUCGAGGAAGACGACCCACCGGUUGGUAGAUUAGGAGUCGUGAACGACUCGCCACCAUCAAAUGGGUCUGUUGGCACAGAGAUCAAAUACAAACUUCAAAGUGCUAAGUGGGGACUGAUUCCAUUCUGGACCAAACGGCCACCGGACUAUGGCAGUCAGUUGAAAACCAUCAAUUGUCGGAAUGACAGCCUCAUCGACGAUCGUGGUAUGUGGACAACGAUGAAAAAGCGCAAGCGUUGCAUCGUUGUCGCCGAAGGCUUUUUUGAAUGGUUGAAGAAGAACAACGGCAAAGAAAAAAUCCCCCACUUCGUCAAACGGAAAGAUGGACAGCUGAUGCUGCUUGCUGGUCUGUGGGAUUCUGUGACUUAUGAAGGCAGCGAAGACAAACUCUACACCUACACUAUCAUCACGACAGAUUCAAACAAGCAGCUAAACUUCCUACACGAUCGUAUGCCGGUGAUCCUGGAGGCCGACGGCCGAGAGUUGAAGGACUGGUUGGACCCCACGAAUACUGGCUGGUCGAAAGAACUGCAAAGUCUUCUUCGACCCUACACUGGUGAGCUGGAGUGCUACCCUGUUGACAAGGACGUCGGCAAAGUUGGAAACAACAGCCCUCUAUUCGUAGUGCCGGUCGAUAGCAAGGAUAACAAGAAGAACAUCGCGAAUUUCUUCAGCACGCAGAGAGCAACAGCCGAUCACGUCGCCGCACAGAAUCAUGCAGCACAAAAAGCGCAGUCGACUGGCGAACCUGGCGAUGACACCGAGACGCGAGACACCACAUCAAAGGUGGAGACAAGCGAAGAUAACGCGCCGUUGCCUAAAAUCAAAUCAGAGUCGGACGAAAAACUAGCACAGAAGCUGAAUUCCGGUGACAAUGACACUUCUCCUGCCCAGAGCGUUAGGAGCCUAAAACGAUCUGCAUCUCCUCUAGAAGGCACAGAUUCGCCGCGGAAGCAGAUCAAGACAGAAAAGUCAAGUCCUUCGCCAGUGAAGCAAUCUACUAACGUUACAAAAGGUAGUGGCCGCAAGAUGCGGAGUGCGACAUCAAACAACACCGUGGUCAAGACGCCGACGAAAAUUUACAACGCGAAAAUCACAAGCUUCUUUGGCAAGUGAACUAUUAGCAGCCAGCAAGUCAAAGACACGUCAUGUAAUUAAAAAGGUGCAGGACAGCGAGCAUUCACACUGGUGAUGCGAUACGGCAGUUCCGUGAGGAAUGUGACCCACAGACCGAUCAUGCCUGGCUAGCAUUCAAAUUGGGACUGUUGUCAUGUCAGCCGGGAAAAAUCCAAUGAGGUGGUCGGAGAAUGCUUACUCUGCCUUGAACUUCACGGUGACGCUCAUCUCCAUCGUCACCUCCUGCGGCGUGAAUUCGAAAGCGGGCUCGUCCACUUCCAUAUCAGCUUUCCGCGCAGUUUGCCGUGUUCUUCCCGAC